UUGUGCAAGGUUACGGAAGGUGCAGGAGCUGUUAAGGUGCGAUAAAAAUCAACUUUCCAAGAUAGAUGGCAUCCUCUGUAUACUUGGUAAGAGUGCAAAUUUUCUGAAACAAAUAUUUUUCAGUAGCCACCCAUAGGUGUAUUGUUAGGCCAUGCAAGUAACUUUGCUGUGCCAUAUAAAUUAUAUGUAGUGUACAUGUAAUGGUGACUGAAAUUAAAAUUUAAAAUUUAAAUAAUUUGUGUCAUUUCACUGUGGUAUAAAACAUUUCUAGAGAUGACUUUGUGUGCUGCUAGUGGUGACUCCACUGGUUGGCUGUCCCAUCUGAAUGUUUUUGAGGUGCAUUUUUGACCCCUGGCCAUAGUAAUUGUGUUGUAUCUUAGGCAUGUCAUCAUAUUGUCACACACAAAUAGUCAUGGGUAUGAUUACACACCAGCAAACUGGAUGGAAAACCUAACCAAUUUGGGAAACUUUUAAUUCCAUUCAAGAGGGGUAGCAUAUACAAGAUGCUUCCAGGAAAGUUUUCACUAGUAAAAAAGUCAGGCCAAAGCCUAUUGCUCCAAAGAUCUGAUUGUUAAUUUUGCUGCUACGCAUUUCCUUGUUAAUUAGUUAUGAGAAAUUGGUAUUUGAUCAGGAUUACAACUUUUACCUGAUAAGUCUCAGUGUUUUGUAUUCCUGUUUGCCAAAUGAUGUAUGAUAAAAACAGCCAUUCAUUUUUCUUGAUCUAAUAAGAAGGUGAAUAUGUUAAUUUAGGCUCUGUUUUAAGAAAGGACAACUGACGGGCAAGUCUGUUUUAGGCUGUUCUAGCACUUGAUUAAAAAUGUGCAUAUAUCAACAUCUGACAAGUUGUUUGUGUAAAAAUUAACUACCAAUAUUUUUAUUGAGCCUUUAGCUGCCCCUUUGCACAUGUUUGAUAAUUUGUUAUAAACAAAUGAUAUUAUCUUCCUUUUUGCUUAUACAGGUAUUGAUAGCAGGUAAGAUACCUGUACUUCUCUCAUUACCAUAUUUUCAUGUUUGAUGUUGUUAUGGUUUCUUUAAUUAUUUGUGAAAAAAUAUAUUAAAAUUAUGCUGUUUAAACUUACGAGCAUUAAAUUAUUAUUUUUAUUAUUAUUAUAAAUAAAUCUUGAACAAAGUUAAAACCUUUUGAUCACCAGUAAUUAUUUAAUGACAAUUAAUGGGACUGUUUUAGGUACAAUGGUGGAACUAAAAACCUUCUCAACUACUUACUCUUUGGCUUUUGUAAACUCGCACCAAUGGAUUUUAGGUAAGAAAAAGAAUGGUGAGAGUAAACCACAGAUGUGAAAUGCAGUCACCUCUGAACUUUUCAAGCAGGCAUUCACACAAAACAUAUCCAUAGGCCACACUGAAGUGAGAAAAUUUCUUAUCAAAUGGUAUGACAUUACUGUUGCUUUAAGUAUGUGGAAACAUGUAUUCUGGUGCAAGUUCUUGGUCUCAUUUCUUUGUGUCAAAACAAUCAUUCCCUUUCUGACCCAGUCAAUUAUAUAAAAAUACAUCUGAGAAUAAUACUAAUUUACAAUUGUGAUGUUUAUUAUUACAGUGGAAGUAAAAUUACAGAAGAGGAGCUAGAAGGUAAUUGUAUUUCCAAUGCAUAUUUGUACUGCAACAUUGUUAUUCUUGAUUAUAACCAUCAUGUUAAAAUUUGUUUUCAUUUUAUUGGUACAGUUGUGCUGUUUUAUAAUUUUUCCUGAGGUUUUUAUGGUCAGGUGUUUAGAGGUAAUGAGGAUGGACACAGUUUAUCCUAAAGAGGGAGAGUUGUAACAAGCAAUGUUCUACAGUUUUUUUGUUUUAGAAGAAUUUCUUAAAACCCAUAUUUGUUACUUAUAAUGAAUACACUGAUGCAGUAUGAACUUCUAGCUAAAAAUGUCUUUUUGAUGUUAUAUGUUUGUUGGCAGACAUUCUGGUUGUUGUGAAGGCAGAAAGUGUUCAUGUGUACUGUAAUCCAAUCAACUAUCCUCUGCUGCUGCCACACAUUGCACAUUGGAGGAAUCUACGUGUCCACUGCCUUGACAAGGAACUGGUACUGUGUGUGUUUGUGUUAAUAAUAGUAAUAAUAAUAAUAAUAAUAAUAAUAAUAAUAAUAAUAAUAACAAUAAUCUCUAUUUGAAAUGCAAAAUAAUGGAUCAGAUAGACUAAAAAGACUAUCUGGUAUUAACCCAUGUGCAUAUAUAUAGUAUAAAAUCUGUAUAUAAUAAAAUUAUAAUAAAUUCAUAAAAAAGGACUAAAAAUAUCAUGAUACAAAAUAGUAAAAAUAAGAAUUUACAAGAAUAAAUAAAUUAUAACAUAGUCCUUAUUAGUAUCUAUAACAUAUUUUCUAUGAACAUUGUAUUAAUUAAAAAAAUAAUAAUUCAACUAAUCAGUUAAGCCAAAGAGCAUUUAUGUUGAUUGUGAUUCUCUUGUAAUAAAAAUUCAGAGUUUACUUUUAAAGGUGCUGAGAUUUGUUAUAGUUCUGAUAUCACUUGGUAGAGAGUUCCAGUCUCUUACAGCAGCAAAUUCAAAAGUUUUUCCACCAAAACCCGACUUAGCAUUAAGAACAUUCAGUAAAGAGUCAUCUCUCAAAGAGUGAGAGCGAAUACUCUAACGUUUUAUAGGUUUGUCUUGGAAUUGCUUUGGACAAUUAAUAUCAUUCACUAUUUUAAAUGUAUUUUUUAAAUAUUGUGACUUGAUUUGCCAAAUAUCCAUUCAGACCUGGCUCUGUAGCAUCCUCAUACAGUGAGUGAACCUUCAUGAAAAACAACAUACAUGUAACUUGUAGCCCUGGGUAGACUAGAUUAAUUUUAUUAACUAGUUGGUAAAAUAAGACAAAGAGUGCUACAUCUUGAUUUUAAUUUUUCUGUCUUUGAUGACAAUUUGCAUUUAGUAUAUAGAUAAUGAAGAGAAGGCUGAAGAAUUCAAGAUUCUAAGUUUCAUAUCCAUGGUAGAGGGGUGUGAUUGUCUUGGUAUACCAUAUGGAGGUAUGUAGGAUUGCCAUUUCUACAGUACCGCUUGUGUACACUCUAACCAAAAAACAAGAAUAAAACGCACCAAAAAUUGCAUGCAAUUGGAAAUGAAAAAAAAUUGUGCACAUCAGAAAAUUGCACAUGCACACAUGGCUGAAUACAUCUGCCUCAUCAGGUAUGUAUGAGGUAGUCCUUUUGUUUGAUAUUGUUGUUGGCAGUUUAUUGUUUUAAAGAAUAGGUUAGGAUGUAAUAGCACUAAAUUACAACAUGGCUACUGAGGACAAACAAACUUGUAGCUAUUCAUUGUUUCAUUAUACAUAGAUAAAUGUUUUUUUGGGUAGUUUAUGAUGACUGCAAUUGUUUUGUCAGCUUGUGUUUUCUAUUGAACAUGCAUGUUGUGUACUGGAUGAAGUGUAAAUAUUUACCAUAAAAGCUACUGGAUCUUGAACUUUUUAGAUUAUGUAAGAAGUGACAUUAUAAUGGAGAACUACUCAAAUGUGGCUGUUAAUUUCCAACUGUUUUGCACUGAGUAUCCAGACUGUGAAAGAAAUACAAGUCUCUUGGAGAAAACCAGUAUGUUAGCCUAAAAACUGACAUCCCUGUAAGUGGUAAGCUAACAAUAUGUUGUUAUUUAUUAGUACCCACCCCUGGUGAUCAGCAGCCUUGUUUUGACCCAUUUGUGUUGGAAAAAUGGCCCCUAAUUCAAGCAUUUGCACUGGAGGGUUUUGGCAGGUAACAUAUACCUUUCUCACCUGAUAACUUUUUGCUUCCACAGUCUACUGUAUUAAUCACUUUUAAUAAAUUUUUGCUUGUAACAAAACUGUGCUCUGCUUGUUUUUGUUUCCCUUGUUUUUAUGUAGUCUAUUGUCAUGUCUUUAAGGAGAGUGUUAUUUGUAUGAUGCAAUAAUCAUUAAUUUAUUAUCUUUUUGCCUCUGCAGUGGGGGAUUUUUCACUAUGAAGCACAGGGUAAGAGGAAAUUUUUUAAUCUUGGCUGAUUACAAAUGCAUCUAUUAUUCUGGUUGACAGUAAGUUUUUACAAUAACUCUACCUUGCAAAGGUAAGACUGAUUAGUGUGGCUUUUGGAGUUAAUCGCAGUUUUGGAAACAUAAAAUGAUCAGAUAUGGCAUCCUUCUUAGAGGGACUAAUACUUUCCUCUUUAACCCCCCUCCCCUCCCUAUCUGGUCAGUGUUGUGCCCCAUUAUACCCCUUGAUAAAGAAGAGCCUUGUGGUGGUAAGAUGUUGUCGAGGACAUGGCUGUCCACAUCAUUUGUGAUAAAAGAAUCUUUAAUGAUUACUGUAUUUAUCAAUGGUUAGGUCAGUGAUGUCACUCAAGAACUGGACCAGAUUUAUGGCUUGGUGGACCCUGUGGCUGUAGAAACCCUUAUCACAGAGGUAACUAAAAUUAAUGGCUAAUUAAGUAAUUUAGGAAUCACUGUUUGAUUGAGUGUUGCACAAUACAUACAAAAAAAAGCAUCUCAAUGGCUAACCUAAGAAGUUGAAUUUAGGGAAAGAAAACUGCAUGAAGUGUGGGAAAAAGCAAGUGACCAACUUUGAUUGGUUUUAGUCUCGAAUGUGGUUGGUUGUAACAGUGGCACACAUUUUCUGGACAAAUCAAAGAGCAAAGUAAGGCAAAACCAAAGCAAUUGCAGAUUACUCUGGACACUCAAUUGAAAAUUGUUGUAAGAAUUAAACAGGGUACAUUUUAAUUCAGUAGUCGCCAUUUUAAAUCUCUCUAGGGUUAUAAUUCCAUCCUGAACAUAUUGAAAUUAGUUUUAGAAUUAAAUUUAGUCACUAACAAAGGUGUACUAUAUUUUCUUUCCCUGCUUUCCUCCAGACUCUUCCUUUGUUUGAACGUCAUUGUAAAUCCAUUCUUUCAAAUGUGGAUGCAGAGAGGUGAGUGUAACAUAGUGUUAAUGUGUCAUACCAGCUAACAGUCUCUGUGAGAACCAUGGUAGGAGGGAAGGAGGGAGAACAAUGACUACCCACUGUACUGUAAUUGUUACAAUUGUAAUUGGAUGGUCCUGGAAGGCAUUUAUACGUUAUAAUCCCAACUUUCCUUCAAAGUGUCACACAACUAGCUUUUUACUGUAUUUUGGUUAACUUUUCCACAAGAUUCAGUUUGGUUCCUGUUUUGAUCCCUUGUAUUCAUGAAAGUUGGAGUUGAUUCUUGGUGAUUCAAAUGUGCCAUCUAAAUAUCUUAAACAGGUUUUCGUUAAGGACGAAAUCUCUUUAUUUCUUGCAGCCCAACUGAGCUUCUUAAAGUAACAGAGAGAAGUUUGAGCGAGGUUAGUUGCACACCUGGCCUAGAAGGAACUAUGGUGAAUAUUUUCCUCAUUGUGUGAUUGUUUGGUGACAAGGACACAUGCUAAAAUACUUUUAAAAAUGACACUAGCUGGGUGCAAAUUUGUGUUACUUACUCAGUUGUGGUGUUUAAGCUGUUAUUUGUUAAAUAUGCAUCGUAGUCAUGAUAUGAUUUGUAUCAGCCACUUUCCCUUUCUCAGCUGAAGAUCAAGGAAAGAGUAACACCUGUUUAUAUAUGGGAAGCUUAGGUAUGACAUGGUCAAUUUUGAGAAACUUCCUUGCCAUCAUUGUGUUUUUAUUCUUGAAGCCCAUUGUGAGUUACUUUACUCAUGGACACAUUGUCGACAGGAGCACUGCUAAGAGGUAAUACUCUAGUUUGGACAAGAACUAAAUGUCUUUAUUUAAAAAAGUACACAGCUUCUGUAGAGAGAGAUUUACACAAAGGUUUCAAGAAAGACUGAUUUUGAAUUAUAAAUGCUCAAUAUACAUGAGGCCUGUAGUUGAGGUCAUAUUGUAGAAGUUGCACUUGACCUCUUGAUAAGUAUCUAGCGAUGUGUUCUGAUGAUGAGUUAACGUAGCAAUAAAAGUAAAACAGAAUCAACUGCCUGAAAGAAAUCUAUUGAUUUACUUAUUGACUGAUUGAUUUGUUCUCCUUGCAGUUCCCCAGAAGAUUCUCAACCUUUUGUUCUCCUGGGAGCCCACUCCACAAGAAAAAAUAUACACAGUUGCGAAAAAACCACUUCUAAUAAUAACACUGCAAUUGGAAAUAGUGGCAUUAAUGGUGCUCCUGCUAAACAUAUGGUGAGAUGUCAGAAAAUUUUUAUCUAAGGACAAUACCCUUGUUUACAAAUGCAACAUUUAGUUGGACAGGCUAGUCAAGUAGGCUGAACUAAUGCUUUCAAUCCAAAAUAGUAGACACACAACCUAAACUACAACAAUAACUUUCAGCCUUAAACAAUUUUUCAAAGGUCUCUUUUGCUGUGGAACCUAAAGGAAGAAUAACUUGUGCAAGAACAUAUUUUCUACAAACUGAAUGUGCACUAUGUUCAGUGAGUGAUGCAGCAAAGAAUGAGUCAGUUAUGCAUAAUAAGGACUUGAGGUAUGUAACAUUGGCUAUUAACAGCAAAGCCUAAUAAACAGUAGUAAGUCAUUUUAGACUUUGCACAUGCCUCUACAAUAUAUGUGGAAGGACUUGAACACUUGUCUUCUUUAUUUAAAUUCAGGUUGCUAAUGGAACUUUAUCUUCUGUCAAUUAAUGCUGUGUUGGAAGGAGUCAAGACAUUUUCACAAACAUUUAAUGAAAGAAAGGUAAAUAACACAAUGGGCAACUGAAACCUUAUAGGAAAUGAAGUGUUUUUGAUCUUUGCUUUUACUUUCCCUCACCUCUUUUAAGAGUUUUUCAAGUGUUCUGUCAGAGCUCAAGCAAGGUUUGGAAGAAAGACAUAUUGAAGUGAAAUCUUCCUUUUUAUCCAACAAUGUGAAGUUUUCUGUGGAAGCUUGUGAUUUUUAUGGGAGGUACAUAUUACUUUCUGCUAUUGAAUUGUUUACUGUCAAGAAAUUAAACUUGCACAUUUAAAUACAUUUUGUAAAGUUUGUUAAUUAUUAUUAAUAUUAAUUCUAUUAUCUUUCAUUUCUAGGAGUGUUGAUUUACAUGAGGAUAUACCAAUCUCUGGUAUUAAAAAAGUAAGCUUUUAAUAUUAAGAUAUUUAAAACUGACUGUUUACAUUUAAUUCGUAGAGUUUUAUUGUUAUUCCUUGAUACUGUGUACACUGUAUGCAUUGAUAACAUUGAUCUUCUGAAAAUUUUUUUGUUUUUGCCUUCCCAAUGUCUUCACUUUUCAAAUUGUUUUUGCUUUGUUGUGUGUUGUUUCAGGCAUGUCUGUAUUUGUAUGACAUACCAAGUAUAGAGCACCCUGGGCAGAUCUUGGGUUCUGUGGUGUUUGGUGAAUCUUUCCUUGACUCUGCCAUAAGGACACUUGUCCCAGGUACACAGUGGAUGUUUGCUUAACCCAAAUCAGUUCUCAUAAUGCUUAAAUCAAGUAGUUAGAGCGUGCUUGGUAUUAUGUAAGAGAAUCACAGAGCAAUUGAAACAUGAAGUGAAUGUUUGGCAUGAUUUCCUUUUUUUCCAGGUGGGUCACACUUAUGGGACACCUCGUUUGUUUUCCUGACAGAAAACAUCCCCAGAUUUGUUACAUGGCAGGUAUAAUAAGAUAUUAAGUUUUUCUGUGUUUUAAACAGGCCAUUGCCAUAGUAUUAUGAUUAUUCUCUUCUCUUGAGACGACGAGUGGCCAAAAAAGUAUUGUAAUAUGCUUUCUAUUCUCCCAGGGGUAUGGCAAAGACAGACAGAUUUCUGAGGAGAUUGAGUCAUUUGCCAAGGUGACUUUGACCAGCAUGACUUUUAAAUGUUUACUUAAAAUAAAGCAUUUUGACACAAGAAAAUGCAUAUCUCAAUAACUGAAGAUGAUUACAUGGGUUAGUAUACUUGAUUUCUGUUGUUUCAUUGUUAACUCAAAAUAAUUAGAAACACAUCUUACACAUCCUGUUUAUUAUUUUCUCUGUUUACAGUCAAAAGCUGAUAGCAAUGUUUUAGGAAAACAGUUACUGUGCGGUAACCAAGUUUUUAUUUCAAGUUUGGUGAACAGUUGGGAAACAGGUUAAUUCAGAUUCUUUUCUUAUAUAUGUAUAAUUAUGAAGUCUUGUGUUUUCUUUUGGGAAAGGGAUGUUUGACUUUUGACCCUUGAUUUCUGAUUGAGAUCCAGGGUACAUACUUCCUUUUCAACAAGGGACUUACAGGAUUUAUUGAAAAUAAAAUCACUCUCUUUAUUUCCAUGACAAGUGAGAUGCUUUUGAAGGGGCUACUUUGAAUGUAAUUGACCUUAAAUUAAAUUAAGAUUAUGAAUUCUACUCGGAUAUACAUGUAUAAAAUAAAUACAAAGGAUAUCAACGCCUGUGCUGUUGAUUUCCAGGUUCGCUGUUUAUCUAUGAGCAAGGCUUUGUGUUUGUUCAUCCCAGAACUGGUUCCAUUGUGCUACAAACGUCCAAGAUAUCUAAACUUCAGUUUUAUGACAAGGUAUGGUUUUAAAUGAACGUUCCUUUGGUUGCCUCUUUUGAUUUGUAGUUAUUUAUACCACUGCUAACUCAGAAAAGUGACUUGUGAGUGAGGAAUUCUAAUAUAUGUGUUUACUUCUUUGCGGUAGGACACGUCCUGUGCUCUCCUGAUCAUUUCAUAUCAUCCCAGUUCAAAGGAAAGUCUACCCUAUUACCUUUCAGUCAAACAGAGUCACGUGCUGUUGGCUCUCACGCCUCGUUCCAGAAUUUACAGACAAUUUUACUCUGAUGUGAUCCGCCUGUGGAAGGAAGGGCAGCUGCCAAACUUUCCACAAUUUGAAACUGUUGACGGUAAGAUAGAGAGAUUUCCCUCUGAAGCUUGGUAAAGAGGUUUUACUCAGGCUUACUCCAAUAAUCAUAGGCUUUCUCACUCUCCGAGAUAAGUUUCUUUUCAUUUUCCUAUUUGGGCAUUGAGUAGUUAGAGGUUUAACUCAUCUUUUUCUUUUUCAUUUUUUUUUCACGCGCUUUCAGAUUUGCCGUACGAUUUAAAAGAACAGUGAGUAUGAAUUUUUUGAGAAUUGCAUGUAUCCUUUCAUUUUGAUGUGUAUGUUUUGGUUCAAUUUUAUCAUUAGUUCAAAUUUUAUUUUCCUUUGUUUCAAUCUCAUUAUCAUACAUUACAAUACCCAAUAACAAAAGAAAAUAAAAUUUGAACCAAAGAUAAAUUUGAACCACAACAUGUACAUGUGACAUGAGUGAUUGUUCAAUUCUUUUAGGCACGUGAAUUUGCAACAUUUGUUAAAGCUUUCAAGAGGAUCGAAUAUACAGGAUCUAUCUACAGCUGAAGUACUGCUAACAAAUUUAAAAGGGUGAGGAUAAUUCUUGUACAAGUUGCUUGAUGUGAUGCACCGUACUAAACACUGGUGUGAUGUAUCACGUACAAUUACUUUAUUCUUCUCGUUUUAUUUCAGUUUCCUGUGUCAUUGCUCCGUGAGCAGUUCGUUUGGUAACACGCCUGUUAUGUGUGAUGGUUUACCUGUGAUUCUAGGAAAUAAGCGCGUAGAACAAGGGAGGCAGUCAAGGGAUUUUGAGGUAAAGGAAAGUUGGUUGUUAUUUGAGAUCCCCUGGACUUGUACGUGUAGGAUCCCAGUUGUAAUGGUUAUGAUUUAUACGGGACACGAUAUACAGGCAUUCAGUGUUAAAAAGGCUGAAGAUUUAACACUACAAAAGUAAAUUCAAGAUGAAUUACUAUAUCCUCUUCGUUUCAUUGAUUCACUUUAAUUCAGCUGCGUUGUUUGUUGUUUUUCAGUUAUUAUUAACCAUCCUAACUGGUGUCCCUGGUAGCAGUAAAGAGUCUCUGUGUUUAGCUCUUGUAGCACUUGCCAAGGAAAACAGCAAGUAUGUUAAAUGUUUAUAAUCUGUUUAUGAGGGCCUGUAUGUUAUUUAUAUUGAUCAUGAACACGGUUCUUAUUUUAUGACAGGUGGAUAAUCUUACAGAGGCCAGCCAGUAAUUCAGAUACUUUUGACCCUAAAGGUGUGUUGUCUAGUAUCUUAAGCCAGGCUUGGUGUUGUCAGUCUAGAUAUUUUUGGUCGGUAAUUUUUCACUCUCGAUACGGAACUAACAGUUUCUGAGGAACAAACGGAAAGAAAGUCAUCUUUUGACGAAUAUGGAGAGAAAUGGCCUCGCCUCGUUCUUAUAAUUAGAGAGUACAAUGAUUUCGAGUUUUAAUUACAAUAUUAGAGUAAGACUUCAGAGUGCGAUUUCAGAGUAGUUUGUAAGGGAACCUAGACCCUUGUUCUGCAUGGACGUGUAUAUCCGGGACCUAUCCUUUUUCCGCGAAAAAGAAGAGGAGGGUGGGGUGAGUAAGAGAGCACAGCGUUAUUGUUUCGAAUUGAAAUUGCCUUAUUGCGUUAACUUUAUUUCUCUUCGUUAGGAUUUUAGCCCUGGUCCUUCAUCAGGAAACUUUUUUCUCUCAAUUUUGUCUUCUUUUAUUGUUUCAGUUUUACAAGAAUCACUGACCACAACUUUGUCAAGUCAGCGACGCCUGCAUGCCAGGCUCUCAGCCAUCGGUAGACGACUGCGAGUAAUUGUGGUCACACCAGGGUAAGGCGCUCCGAGUAAUACCGUGAAGUUAUUGGGGGGGGGAAGUAGUGUUGAGUUUGUCAGAGAAUAAUGAGCUCUUUCGAUUGUUUGUAAGGUUUACUGAUGUAGCAGAGGUUAUUCAAGCCAUAAGGACUCACCCUGAUGCUGAGAUGUCCAAGUGUGUCAAGAUUGGCGCUGUCACAUGCUGUGUAGACCCGCUUAAUACCUUUAUGGAGCACAGGUGAGAAAAUCCAUGAUACAGAUAUCGUCUGAGUGAUAUUCUUUCCUAACUUGAAAAACAUUCAUGGAAAGUCUUUUGUUUGUUUGUUUGUUUUUUCAAUAGACUGACAUUGCCUAUGCUACUGGAACAGUGCGCUCAAGGUUUGUGACAAACAAAUUCAGUUCUUACGAUGUGCAUGUAUUGUUCUGAGUGUAGAGACUCUAUCAACACAUGUCGCAAUUGAAGAUGACCGGAUGAAAGAAGCUCUCUUUGUUAGCUCGAGCGUCGGACAACAGGCUUUUUCCACACAUGUACAUUAAAGGGAAUUACUGAAUUGACUCAUAUCUACGGGUCCAACUAAGUUUUUGUUCCAUUUUUUACAAGAACGCCAGUAUGUGUUAAAAUUUUCUUGUACUAUUUUCUUAUUUGAACAGGCUGGGUUAACAAUGUUGUGUUUACAAGCUGUUUGGAGCCUCAGGUAAAAUUUCCCUCAGAACCUCUACGUCUUUUGAAACAUUUAACGCAACCGAUCUUAUUUAUGCUAAGUUCGUAGUCUAUAUUACAAAUUUGUCUUUCUCUAGAAUGAGCAGCUCAGCUUUGUCCAGAAACUGGUGCGAGCUUGUAACCCGGAUGUGGCUUUUAUUCUCGCUAAAGGAGGGGAAGUUACAAGGUAGCCUAUAGCUUUCCUGCUUAUUUGUGAAGAAAGAGCUCUUACAGCUCUGUGCUACAUGCCAGUUUGAACGCAGCUGAUAGUGUUUGUGGUAUGCUUAUAGGACACCUGAUGUUGAGUUAAUUCUGUCAGACAGUGCAUUUGACGAGGACAGGAUGGUACAGAAGAGAGAGCUAAUGUGUCCCGGCUGGUAAGUUACUUAAGAUAGCGACAACCAACUUACGGUUCGAGGGCUGUUUCCUUUCUCUUUCCUGUUGCUUUUUUUUUCCUUUAUCAGUAGUGCAAUUGUUACUCGCUUUUUGCUGUUUACUACUGUAUGGCCGCUUCUUGUGCAUGUUUGAUCGACAAUCUAAGAUCAAAGAACUCCAAAGUGAAAGACAUUUAGCUUUUUCAGACAUAUAGUUGGAUCAAGACAUUGGCAAAGAUUACAGGUUUAUAACUUAGAAAAUGGAUCAAAACCUUCAAGUCGAAAAUAUCAAUUAUUGUACAGAUAUCAACUUUAGCUUCUUUUUAUCCUAAAGGUCUUUGGGUUUGUUUUCAACUGGAAUCACAGAACCGCAAAUUAAUGAGGUAUUUUUUAAGACAGUUACGCGUUGACAAAUCACAAUGCACUUGUUGGAAUUAAAUGAUUUUAUGAUCAGUAACGUUUCACAGUGCAUGUGAAAAAACACAUUCCGUAGUGUGCUUAUAGAUGAGAUCGAGGAGUGUCUGCUGUAAUCAGACUUUAGAUAUCAGCAAAGCUAACCUCGGUGCGCGAUCUGACGUUAAAGUGAAUAGAUCAUGGUGGACAUAUUUAACUUAGCUGAGGGAAAUUUUGAUCUUUUAUUAAUAGAUUGGUGUGGCAUUCUAUGGACCACUAAGCAGGCAGAGAUUUGUUUCGAACCUUAAAGGUGGGACAUUUUAGCAAAGUUAAUUCAGUCAAUUUGUUUUUCAACUAAUAAUUACCUUAAUGAAUCAUUGAGCAGUCCAUGAAGUUCACUGCUUCUUUUUAUAGCGCUCCAUGGACCCAUAUCAUCUAAGGAGAUACAUUCAACAGGUUGGUUCAGUCUCUUGGGUGGUUUACUUUGUUCUCUUGCUGCCCUGCAGCUUAUUAGUCUAAUAUCACUAUUAUUUUAUCUUUUCCAUCAUAGGGGCAAUUCACAGCCUACAAGGGCAUGCCUGUUUCUCAGGUAACAGAGCCAAUGCAUUCUUUCUCUUUGAACAUUGAAUCAGUGUAACGAUACAAAAACUUUUGUCUUGCCUCAUCACGCUCUCUCAAUUUUUUUUGUUUCUGCCAAAAGAAGAUCCUGAUAAAAAGGUACACAUUCACUGGUCCCGUCUGAAUGGAUUGCUAAAAAUGAGCCCCGUAGACAGUUCUGCUGUUCCGCGACCUCCUUCAGCAAAGGCCCAACAAAAUGGCACUGUGGAGGGAAUCCACGAGUACUUUAUUGUUUUCACUGGAUUUAGUCUUCAAGAACAGGCUUUAAAGGACUGGCUCAAAACCUGUUGUAAACCGGUAUGUUAACUAUCGCAGUACAACUAUGAUGCCUGCAAACUUGUUUGUGAAAAUCUAGCUGCCCUACUCAUGAACACAACGUGCGCAAAACUGUGACCUUCAGUAAAAAAAAGUUGGAAUGUGAUUUUUUUUUUUUUGGUGUUCAUUGCAUUGUCAGUGAAAUUUAAGACAGGUUUCUGUCUAUUUUGGGUCAAAGAUUAACAUAAACUGUGUGGAAGUAGGCGGGAUCAAAUCGCGUCGAAAGUUCGGUGGAGAACUCCCUGUUACACUUCCAAGUGUAUUGUCGAGUAAACUUUUGGAAAGAAAUGUGUGUUUUAAGACUGAUGAAGCUUUCUCUGUUAGUUUUCUUUUCAACCAAUCUCCUUUAUAACGUCAGACCAGACCGACUGGCUGUGAUAGACACUCCAUUUUCAUAGCCAGUGUAGGUUAUCGCCCGUAGUCUUCAUUUACAGAUCAAAACAUGUUGGUUGUAGGCACCAGGGAAACAGAAGUUAAAAACGCGCGAGGAUCUGUCAGAGAAAGAAAUAGCCAACGUUGGGGUAAGUACGGUGAUGAGGCCACGGUCAAUCCAAGUGUUUGGUAAUAGCAUAGAAAAUUCCUUGUUCCUUCUCCAAACCACAGAUUUUCAGCAUGACUCAACCGCGUGAAAGAGUGCGGUGCAUCUGUUAUUACGAUUCUUUUCAGACCACACCCUAUAGCGUUGGUCAGUUACUGUAACAUACAGCCAUUAUAUGGAGCCAUUAAACGUUGAGUACAGAAUGCGGCACUGAAUAGUGUACCAAUAUAGGAACUUCGGUUGAAAAAGUUUAUUUUCUCGUCAUAAAACUCUUUUAUCUGUAUUUCCUGCGUUCUGGAGUGUCGUGAUAUAUAAAUAGCAGCUAUUGUGAGAUGAUUAGCUUUGUUGAUUUGCAUUCAUUACUUAAAAAUCACUGUUGUUUCAUGCUUAGUCCAAGCACAAGUUUGAUCCACUGCCUCCAGGCUGGUUUUACAAUGGCCUACAUUACGUCAGUCUUACUGGAGACAAGGAUUACAAUCAUCCACGUAUCCUUUAAUGUUGCAAUGUAAACCCACUUGUGUAUAGGAAUAGCUGCUAGUCAACAACUACUACUGAGUUUUAAUGCUUGGAAGCUUUAUCGUGACAGAGUGACCUUGAAAUGUUUUAUUUUUCUUAGAGAGAAUAUAGAUUUCUUACACAUUGCUAGAAAAAAGGUCUUGUGUGACAAAGCAACAAACGUGUUGAGCAGAGAAAACUCAAGGUUAUUCCUUAACUCACCCUUAGUUUUGGGAACAUUCAUAGACCGUUACUUGUUAGAUAUAAACGAAGAAAUCACGAGACAGAACUCUCAGUCAGAUGGCCAUCCUCCUGUUGAUAUAUUUUCCAAGCAAAAGGGCAGCUGUUGAUUUACCAAGUGUGUUGGUUCUGAACUGAAAUGAUCUGUUGACGAUUUAAUUGCACAUGGCUGUUACCGAUAGUUUACUAUUUCAGUGACUGUUUUGAAAUAUAUUUAUUUAGUUUAAGACGUAUUUAUAUUACCGUUCGGAUAUUCUUAAUCGGUUCUCGAUAAAAGUUCUAAAAACCUUUUUAAAAAAAUGAAAAAAGAUAGGAGAAGAUUAACCAAAGAAACAAAAUCUCUGAGGGACGCCGACGUGUGAACAGACAAAUAAAUGAGUAACAUUGACAUAAACACUUAUAACACAGUUAUAAGUGUUUAUUUUAAUGCUUUGAAUCUUGAGAUUCAUUUUCUUCACCACCCCCCCCCCAAACCGGUUUUAAGGAGUGAGCACGCUUGAUACAAUGUAGGAGUAUUUUGAUAUCUAUCUAAAGUAUUUUUGCCAUUCUGUACGAAUUAUCCUGCUGACGUUGACGUCUCUUAUAAGCAGGCUUAAGUUGUGAAGUGUGAACAUUGCAAUAUUUCUUUGGUAUUCAUUAAAUAAUUAUUUUGACCAUGUGGCAAAUGGUGUUGUGAGUUGUGAAUGGCUUGCAGUGCAGUAACAUUCAAUUAGUUGAUGUAUGAUUGGUCAAAAAAUAUGAUGCUACUUUCUCUAUUAAUCAAACGGAAAACUAAAUCGCGACUUGGCUCAGCACCAGCGUUUUCCCGCUUAAGGUUGCUUUCUUCGUUUCCUCUGAUUUUUCACUGGCUUCUUUUGAAAUUGUUCUUUCUUGAUUAGCCGUUGUGAUAAGUAUAGUUUUAUACACACGACAUCCGUGGAAAAGCUCAAUUUUUUAUCAUCAACAAAGUGGAAACAAGGCCGACUCAAGGAACUUGCAAAACUUACCGCAGGCUAGAUGAUUUCGUGUGGGAGAAGGCCUCUUUCUUAUAUAUCAAUGCGCGAGAAUGCAUUUAAAAAGGCGGUAGCUAAAAAAAACAGAGUGUAUGUGGGUAAUUACCUUCCGCAGCAUCCCUCUCAAAUUAGUUAUCAUGAUGGAUCGCGGCUAUGCGGGGCCAAUCUCAAACCCUAGUCCCAAACUAUCUUGGUCCUACUCCAUCCGCAUUCGGGUACAGCCCAGGCAAGAGCCAUUUUCCUUUCUGGUCCCCAGUCUCCAUCUUAUCUUUUCCUCUCGUACAAUGCAUCUUGGGUUAUCUGUUGCUUUGACAGGCGCCAUCUUGGAAUAG